GGAGGGAUCGUCGCCUUGCCCAACCUUUAUUUUCUGAAUGUACUGUACUGUAUCUUAGGACCAACAGCAAGAUAAUUGAGUGAAACGAGAAUAGAUAAUCUGUAUUUUUUGUAUUCCAGACUUGGAAAAGAGACAUAAACAUCACUGAAAUUCCAUGUGGAUUUAAGAAUUUCGUUUUGCUGGAUUGAUUCAAAGGACAGAGUGCCACGAUGGGAGCUAGCUAACUACAGAGCAAGGAAAAUGACUGGAUUCAUUUUGGGAAGCGAGUCCAAUGCAACGUAUAGCUACUGCACAAUGCAUCCAACCGUUGAUUAUGUAUAGAACCUAAUCGCUUCCUGAAAGUGAGUCCUAUAUUUCCAUAUAAUAUUUGGAAAUAACCUAAUUGUAUUUACUUGAUAACAGUUGAGUACUUCAGCCAGUCCACUCUGGCGCUUUGAAAGCGAAUCUGUUCAAAAAGACAUGGGGCAUCCUCCUUUGGAGUUUAGUGACUGCUAUCAUGACAGUCCAGAUUUUAGGGAGAGAUUGAAGUGCUACGAACAAGAACUGGAAAGAACCAGCAAGUUUCUCAAAGAUGUGAUAAAAGACGGAAAUAAUGUAAUCGCUGCAAUCAAGAACUACUCUUUGGCAGUUCAGAAGUUCUCACAGACCCUCCAUGCUUUCCAGUUUGACUUCAUUGGGGAUUCUUUGACUGAUGAUGAGAUUAACAUUGCUGAGUCUUUCCAGGAGUUUGCUGGUCUGCUCCAGGAAGUGGAGGAUGACAGGAUGAUGCUGGUUCAAAAUGCGUGUGACCUGCUGAUCAAGCCGCUGGAGAAAUUCCGCAAGGAGCAAAUUGGCGUCACAAAAGAGAGAAAAAAGAAGUUUGAAAAGGAGAGUGAAAAAUAUUACUCUCAGUUGGAUAAACACCUAAACUUGUCCUCCAAGAAGAAGGAAACCCAACUACAAGAGGCAGACGGGCAGCUGGACAAGGAGAGGGAAAAUUUCUAUGAGUCCUCUGUGGAGUAUGUCUAUCAAAUCCAGCAGGUUCAGGACAGGAAGAAGUUUGACGUAGUAGAGCCCGUGCUGGCCUUUCUUCACAGCAUCUUGACACUCAACAACCUCACUUUUGAGAUGACUCAGGACUUCAUGCCGUAUAAACAGGAGCUGCAGCUGAGCCUGCAAAAUACCAGGAACCACUUUGAAAGUACAAGCGAAGAGAUGGAGGAGCUGAUGAAGAGAAUGAAAGACUCUCCUCAGAUUCGUAAAGUUCCUGGCCAGCCAACUAUCGAGGGAUACCUGUACUCACAGGAGAAGUGGGCGUUGGGUGUGUCAUGGGUCAAGUUUUACUGCAAAUUUUACAAAGAAAACCGGCUUUUCACCAUGAUCCCCUGUGAACAAAAACCUGCAGCCAAACAGGGCCCAACAGAUCUGAUAUUGAAGGCUUGCAUUCGACGGAAGAGCGAGUCUAUAGACAAGCGCUUCUGCUUUGACGUAGAAACAUAUGAAAGAUCUGCACCUGUUACACUCCAGGCCGUCUCUGAGACCAGCAGGAAGCUGUGGAUAGAAGCAAUGGAUGGGAAGGAACCUAUAUAUCAUUCCCCAAUUCACAAGCAAGCUGAGAUGGAGCUGAAUGAAGUAGGAUUCAAGUUUGUCCGGAAAUGCAUCAAUUAUGUUGAAACGAAAGGCCUCACGCAAGAGGGAGUGUACAGAACAGUUGGCAGCAACAUUCAAGUACAAAAGCUUUUAAACGCCUUCUUUGACCCCAAAUGCCCAGGGGAUGUGGAUUUCCACACCAGUGACUGUGACAUUAAGACCAUCACAAGCUCCAUGAAAUUCUACCUCAGGAGUCUCUCUGAACCUCUGAUGACCUAUAAACUCCAUAGGGAACUCAUCUUAGCUGCAAAGUCUGAGAACCUGGACUACCGACUGGGUGCCGUCCACUCGCUCGUCUAUAAACUGCCGGAGAGAAACAGGGAAAUGCUGGGCUUGCUCAUCCAGCAUCUGGUCAAUGUCUGCAGUCAGAGCGAGUAUAACCGCAUGACCCCGUCUAACAUGGGGGUCAUCUUCGGGCCCACGCUGAUGAGGGCAGAGGAGGAGACAGUGGCCGCCAUGAUGGACAUCAAGUUCCAGAACAUCGUGGUGGAGAUCCUCAUCGAGGACUACAAAAAGAUAUUUAGCGCCGCGCCAGAGGAGAGCUCCGCCCCUCCCCUCCCUCCUCCCCGGGUCAACCCGAGGAAACGGCAGCCGAUCACCAUCUCCAAGCGCCCGCCAAGGCCCCGCCCGGCCAUCAGUCACAGCCCAUUUGAGAUACCUGACGUUGACUAUUGCAGCGAUGCUCUGAAUGGUAGCAGGUCAGAGGGAAUGGAAUCGGAGAACGCACCACAAACCAGCCCUGUUCCGCUACAGCGGACCAAGCUAGCCAAUAGCGGCCCACGCCUCAGUGUCAAAGAAAUGGUUCAGAAGCAAGCGUUGCUGCCAAAGCCAUCCUGCCGGCUGGAGAGACAUUCAGACUCCGAUGUCGCCAAACUGGUUGCUCGGUUACAGGACAGUGGCCAAAAGGCAGACACCUCGGCAACCAAUGGAGAUACGGGUGCCACCGUGAACAGAGCUUCAUCUUUCCAGAGCAGGAAACCACCUCCUCGCGGCUUUGCAGUUGUCAAAGAUGGAGAGAGUGAGGGUGUGAUCAGAAAGUCCUCAUCGGAGAAGCACACCAUCUGCAGGCCGCCAAUGAGACCCCCUGAUCCCCCAACCCGGUCUCCAGUGGCCAUCAAACCCAUGAAUGCAGCCAGUGUGGAGGAGACCACCCCGGCUUCAUAUGUCGCUUCCAAAGCCAAGUUUUUCGAGAACGCUUCAAGGUAAAUCGGAAGUUCAUCGACUAUACCUUCAGCAUGUGCUUCACUAAAUGCAAAAGAAAAGAUGCUAAAUUGAGGAGCCUGGCUGCUGCCCCUGUCACCUCUAUGUCUGUUGCUGAUGUCUGAAAACCAGGAAGGGAAACAAUUAAAAUUUGGAAGAAAACUAUGCAGAAUGUGAAAUGUUCAUAUGAGUUGAAUUUCAGUGUACAACAGUCAAAAACAUGAGUGUCAAAAUCCAGUCCUGGAGGGCCAAAGCGUCUUUGGUGUUUUUCAGCAUCGGUGAUUCAUUUUUAAGGUUUUAAUUGCUGAACAGAUAUGCACACCUUGUUCUCAAGGCAUUAACUGGCUGCUGUUUGAAAGAAAAUCAUAAAUGCCUGUAGGUACUGCAGCACUCCAGGGCUGGAGUUUGACACCCUUGGUCUAAAGAAUGCCUCAUCUCCUUUUAGUGGGUUAACAUAAAGGUGUAGAUGAGUUUGACACUCUUGGUUUAAAGAAUGUCUCAUCUCCUCUUGGUGGGUUACCAUGAAGAUGCAGAUGAAGAUGUCUUAUUAAGUAUUGAUAUGUUGUCAACAGUACUGUUCCUCUUUCAUGUUUUAAAAUACUAUACAUAGUCAUAGACAUUGGUUGGGAGGAAAAACCUGUUUGAUUGAAAUUCUUUCUUCUAUGCAAAACUGUUUCAAUAUAUGAUUUCUGGAAGGCGCAUAUUAUUUCCCCUCAUAAGGGUCUUUAGCUCGUUGGACUAAAGACAUUAAAGACUCAAGGUCCAUAGACACAUUUUUCAGAAUAAGACAUCCUCAAUAUUUCUCUCAGUUUAAUACAUAUGAAAUAAAGGUCCACAACAAAUAAUAAAACAUGAAUACUGUACAUGAACUAUUACUCGAUUGUGGCGGGUGGCAAGUAUUGUUUUGGCAAAGGUGUUUGGGCUUUUGUGCAAUGUGGGAGCAGCCUCACUUGCAGUGUUUUUUUCCCUCCUGAUACGCUAUGGUGUUAUAUGUAGCCACCAAAUUGCAGUGUUAAUCUGAACCCAGUAAAGCAAUUACAUCAAACAUGGGUUCCAUAUCUUUGUCUUUCCAGAAAAUAUGCGAGAUUUGCAGCUUUUUACCUGUUUACUAAGCAUUGAAUUAUCUCUAACAUUGCAGAUUUCUUUUUAAACGUAGUCACUGGACUUGAAUGUAUAACCUGUGUAGACAUUUUAAUGGAUGUUAAUGGAUGAAUGUUUCCACUCAUUUGUUUAUUAAAUGUGAAUAAGAAAUGUGAAAAAACAAUUCUGUGGUUAGCCAAAUUCACAAUUUUUGUGAGUUAAAGAUAAAGGAAAAGAGGGAUUUUCCAUUCCUGGAAAAAAUUAUGGGAACAUUUUAUUUAUUUGUUGCUGUUGUUGUCAUUAAAACAGGAAUUUCUUUGAAACCUGUUCUGAAUAGUUUUAAAUAUAACUAUUUAAAUGGCAUGGUCAGAGAAUGCAGAUAUUUCUGUUAUAUUCAAAACUCAAUAAGCCUGGCCAUUCUUGACCCCAGGUUACUUUCUGUCAUUCCCUCAGUCCACACUACUUCAGACUUGUUUUUUUUUUUGUUUUUUUUAAACAACAUAGCCAUUUCUUCCUGUUUACUUUCUUAAGAUGUUUACUUAAGACUAAUUUUUAAUGUAAACUCUUUGACUUUUUUCUGUACGUGCAUUAGCUUCUAAUACAAUACCUAUUCAAACAGUGUAA